GUCCACAUUCUCGCCAGCCUGCCUCAGCUCCAGCCCGCCGACACCUCUCCUCGUCGCUCACGACUCUGCAUUAUCUGCACACCUCUUCGCCUCGCUGGCCCUCAGUCCACUUCGUCGCCGCACAGCGCUCGCAGUCGGCCUGCUCUGCCGCACCUCUCCUUCUGCUCCACACCUGACGCUGCACGAUGGCGCCGCCACCCAUGCCGCGCGUGAUCCUCGCGCGCCACGGCGAGACGGCGUGGUCGCUGUCGGGGCAGCACACGGGGCGCACCGAGCUGGCGCUGACGGCGCGCGGCGAGGCGCAGAUGCGGGCGCUGGCGCCGACGUUCGUGGGCGCCGGCAACUUCCUCGACGCCCGCCGCGUGUCGCACAUCUUCGUCAGCCCGCGGCGGCGCAGCCAGGCGACGCUCGGCAUCAUGCUCGAGCACCUGAGUGCCGACGAGCGCGCGCAGGUCGUGCCGAUGGAGGUGCUGCAGGAGUGCCGCGAGUGGGACUAUGGCGCGUACGAGGGGCUGCUCACACACGAGAUCCGCGCCAAGCACCCUGGCUGGGACAUCUGGGUCGACGGCACGCCGGACCACCCGACGGACGCGGACCUGCCGGGCGAGUCGGCGGAGCACAUGACGGCGCGCGUCGACGGCGUCAUUGCACGCAUCCGUGCGCUGCAGCAGGCCGUGAUUGAGGGGCAUCCCGAGACGACGCACGACGACGAGGUCGUGCGGCGAGGCGGCGACAUCGUCGUGGUUGCGCACGGGCACUACAACCGCUGCUUCAUCGCGCGCUGGCUCGGCCUGCCGCUGACCAACGGCCGCCUCUUCGAGAUGGACGCCGGCGGCGUCGCCGUGCUCUCGUACGCACACCGCUCGUUCACCGAGCCGACACUCGCAGGCAUGUUCUCGAGCAAGACCGGCCCGCGUCCGCAGCCGGUGGACGCGCCGCAGAAAGUCGCACAGGUCGUGGCGCAGCACGAAGAGCUGCAGUACCUCGCCCUCGUGCGCCGCGUCAUCGCCUCCGGCGAGACACGGCCCGACCGCACGGGCACCGGCACGCUGGCGCUCUUCGCGCCGCAGCCCGGCCUCACGUUCAGCCUCGCCGGCGGCACGCUGCCGCUGCUGACGACGAAGCGCGUCUUCCUGCGCGGCGUGCUCGAGGAGCUGCUGUGGUUCGUCGCCGGCAAGACGGACGCCAAGCUGCUGAGCGACCGCAACGUGCACAUCUGGGACGGCAACGGCUCGGCGGCGUUUCUUGCGUCGCGCGGGCUCGGCCACCGCCGCGAGGGCGACCUCGGCCCCGUGUACGGCUUCCAGUGGCGGCACUUUGGCGCCGAGUACACCGACGCCGACGCCGACUACACGGGCAAGGGCGUCGACCAGCUGGCGGAGGUCGUGCGCAAGAUCAAGCACGAGCCGACGGACCGGCGCAUCAUCCUCAGCGCGUGGAACCCCAAGGACCUGCCCGUCAUGGCGCUGCCGCCGUGCCACAUGUUCUGCCAGUUCUUCGUGGCGCAGCCCGCGACGCUCGACGCCCGCCCGCAGCUGAGCUGCCAGAUGUACCAGCGCUCGUGCGACCUCGGCCUCGGCGUGCCGUUCAACAUUGCCUCGUACGCGCUGCUCACGCACAUGAUCGCGCACGUCACGGGCUGCGAGGCGCACAGCCUCACGCUGGCCAUGGGCGAUGCGCACGUGUACCGCGACCAUGUCGAGCCGCUCAAGGUCCAGCUCGAGCGCACGCCGCGCGCAUUCCCGACGCUGCGCUUCACGCGGGCAGUCGACGACAUCGACGGCUUCACGCCCGACGACUUUGCCGUCGACGGCUACGAGCCGCACGCGGGCAUCAAGAUGAGCAUGAGCGUGUAGACAAUGCAUCAUUGCGCCGCCUUCUUGUCUGCCGUGUCG